GGCGUCGAGCCUGGACUACUAUGAAAUCAGGUCGAACAGCUCCCUGGAGAGAUACGACAGCAUCGGCCCCCCCUUUCAUUGCACCUUCAAGCUGCAGAAUUUGGGCUUCUUCCCCGUGGAGGGGGUGACCAUCAAGCUCACCGUCCCCGUGGCCACCCGGGCAGGCAACCGCCUCCUGCUUCUGACUGAAUUCAUGGUGGACCAGGAGAACACAACCUGCAACAUCUGGGGAAACACCACUGAUUACCGGAGGACACCCGCCGAGGAGGACCUCUCCCGCACUCCACACUUGAACCACAGCAACUCCGACGUCGUUUCCAUCGACUGCAAUGUGAAAUUAGCCCCCAACGAGGAGAUGAACUUGCACUUGCGUGGUAACCUGUGGAUGAAGUCUCUGAAAGCACUGAAGUUCAAGUCACUGAAGCUCAUCACGAACGCCGCUCUCCAGCGACGCUUCGGGAGCCCCUUCAUCUUCCGUGAGGAGGACCCCAGCCGGCAGAUAACGUUUGAAAUCUCCAAGCCGGAGGAGUCACAGAUCCCCAUCUGGAUCAUCCUGGGCAGCACGUUAGGAGGUCUCCUGCUCCUGGCCCUGCUCGUCCUCGUGCUCUGGAAGCUUGGAUUUUUUAAAAGCGGGAGCCGCAGGCGAGCGGCCGAGCGGGAGCGGAGAGCCCAGGGGCUGGAGUGA